GCGCUGGGAGAUGGCGGAGUUGGACAUUGGGCGGCACUGCCGGGUGGAACAGUGCCGGCAGCGAGAUUUUCUUCCAUUUGUAUGUGAUGGUUGUUCAGGAAUAUUUUGCCUUGAACACAGGAGCAGGGAGUCACAUAGCUAUCCUGAGGUUACUGUAAUUGAGAGACUGAAGUCAGAUACACAUACAUCUUACCCAUGCUCAUUCAAGGACUGUGCUGAAAGAGAGCUUGUGCCAGUUAUGUGUCCUUAUUGUGAGAAGAAUUUUUGCCUGAGACAUCGUCAUCAGUCAGAUCAUAAAUGUGAAGAACUGAUCCCUAAGUCUCGUAUGGCUGCCACUCAGAAACUUGUUAAAGACAUUAUUGAUUCCAAGAGAGGAGAGACAGCAAGUAAACGACGGAAAGGUGCAAAAAAUAGUGAAACAGCUGCAAAGUUAGCAUUGAUGAAAUUAAAGAUGCAUGCUAAUGGAGAUAAAUCAUUGCCACAGACGGAAAGAAUUUACUUUCAGGUUUUCUUACCUAAGGGGAGCAAAGAGAAGAGUAAGCCAAUGUUCUUUCGCCAGCAGUGGAGCAUUGGAAGGGUCAUAGACUUUGCAGCUUCUUUAGCCAGUCUUAAAAAUGACAAUAAUAAAUUAACACCUAAGAAAUUGAGAUUAUGUCAUAGUACUUCAGGAGAAGCCUUACCCUUGGAUCAUAUUUUGGAAACCUGGAUUGCUAAGGAGGAUUGUCCUUUAUACAAUGGUGGAAGUAUUAUCUUGGAAUAUCUGAAUGAUGAAGAACAGUUUUUAAACAAUGUUGAUUCUUACUUGGAAUAGUCAUUCAGGGAGUCAAGCUAGAAAUCACGAGGAAAAUUCAUUGUUAAUCAAAUUCUUUUACUACAAAUACUAUGUAUUUUUUAUUUUUAAAACUUGCUUUUUAUUUCAUAUUAUGUCAUAAUUUACA